UGCGUGAUCGCAGCAGUUCAAUUGUGAACGCGAAACGUUUUGAACGUACAAUAUUUUGCAGCGAAAGAUAAGUAAUCAAAAGAGAGAAAUUUUGAACACGGAACGGUUUAGGCGUGCGAUACUUUGGGCGUCAAAUGAUCUUUUGCCUUUGUAAAAGUAUUUCUGUGUCAGUAUCAGUGCCAUUAAAUGAACUAAAAUUGCCUAUAAACAUAAAAUGAAAAUAAAUGUGUGCAGUACUCCACAAAAGAGCGAACAAGCCGAAGAUUCAACGACAAUAAGUUUUAUCUCCUUGUAUCGGUUUGCAUCGCGAUCGGAUUUAAUCUUAAUAUCGAUUGGUCUAUUUUGUACUCUCAUUAAGUCAUGCACUUUUCCAUUUCUCACACUUAUUUACGGUGAAUUUACUACCUUGUUGGUGGAUCGAAAUUACGGCAGUGGAACAAGCACACCAACUUUGGUGCUGAAAUGGUUUGGAGGUGGAAAAAUAUUGACAAACGCAUCACAAGCGGAAAAUAACGAAGAAAUGAGAAAUGAUUCGAUAGCCUUUGUGAUUGCGUCAUUGGUCGAGACAGCAGUUGUUAUAGUGGCUGGAAUUAUUUGUGUUGAUUGUUUCAAUCAUGCAGCAAUUUCACAAGUUACUCGUAUUCGAAUAGCGUAUUUUACAGCGCUGAUGCAAAAAGAUGCGAGAUUUUAUGACAUUGAAAAGGGAAAAUCUAAUUUCACCGUUCGACUUGCUGA